CAUUAUUGCAUUUCCGGGAUAACUCUCAUGGCCUGAAAACCUGCUGAUAGAUCCGGCUACAAACAUUUAAACGUUUCCAUGACCACGCCAGACACCUAGCACCGAACAUGUCAACAAGGAGGAGGAGGCAGCAAAACAAGAAGUCGGUUGGUGCACCUACAGCUCCCAAAGUCCUAAAAACAGAUGUUGAGGAACUUACUUCAAUUGCAGGACCAUCUGCAGAUGGAGGCUCAGGAGAAAAACACAAACCCUGUCAGAAUUCCAAACUUUCCAAAUUAACAUCUAAAUUAACUAAAGCUGAUUCAGCAGAAACUGGUGCUGACAUAAAUUCUGAAGACAAAAGCAGUCCCUACUUUUCCAAAGUCAAAAGUCCUGAAGAACUGGAUGAUUCAUCAGUCGAGGACUUGGGAGAGGCUGCGCAGCCAAAGCGACUGUCUAGAGCAUUUUAUGAGCAGUCAUGUGAGGAUCUAGGUAAAGCUCUGCUAGGGCAGGUACUUGUGCGAAUUCACAACGGUGAGAGAUUAACUGGAAGGAUAGUUGAAACCGAGUCUUAUCUUGGCCGGAGAGAUAAGGCUGCUCAUUCCUACAAGGGAAAGACAGACCGAAACUCUGCCAUGUUCAUGGAUCCUGGCACAGCCUACGUCUACAACAUCUAUGGAAUGUACUGUUGCAUGAACAUAUCAAGUCAAGGAGAGGGUGAGGCUGUCCUAUUGCGAUCCCUGGAGCCUGUGGAGGGCAAGGGUGUGAUGAGCACCAUUAGAGCAGCUAACCGUAAGAAGGAUAGUCCCUGCAAACCAAUGAAAGACCAUGACCUCUGUAAUGGUCCUUCCAAGCUGACCCAGGCACUGAAGAUUGACAAGGCAUCGACCAAUCAGGUGGAUCUUCUUUCCCAUGAUGCCAUCUGGCUGGAAGAAGGGGAGAAGGUGCCAGCAGCUAAAAUGGUGGUCAGCAAGCGGAUAAACAUCAACUAUGCUGAGGAGUGGAAGGAUAAACCGCUGAGAUUCUACGAACUGGGAAAUCGGUGUGUUAGUGUUAGGGACAAGGAGGCUGAAAAACUGAUGAAGGACAGUUAGUUGAGACGACCAAAUUUCAUCCAUUUUGUUAUCAGCUAGACAUAUGAUUUUUAGAUGGAAACAUUGAACUGAUCAACUCUUGUUGAUGUAAUUGAAUGAGUAGGUAUAUUUAUUAGUAAUACGCAGCUGAUGGAGUGUAGACAUUUCAACCCCUGUGUUUGUAGGAUGAAAUGUGUCCAGAAAUAUUCAAUAUGAAAUGAAUCAGAUGCAAGUGUGUGAUAUCUGUUACAACUAGAUACAGACACAUUUUAAGACCGCAUUCAGGGAGUGAGUGAGUGGUAUUUCAGUUAUAUCAAGGAAUUUCAAAUUGACAUAAGUCAUAGUCACUUCUACUUUGAUGAAACAUGUAUGGGUAUCUUGUAUUGUGCUCAGGUAGAUCCAACCAACAAACCUCAGCUUAUACAUUGUUGUGUGAAACUCAUCAAGUCAUCCCUUUGAUGAACUUGUACACUGGGCAUACUACACUACUCAGAAGAAGUUAAGCACCACCAUUUAUAUUACUAUUGUUAAUCUGUCCUUAACCUUUUUUGAGUAGUAUAGAUAUUGUUUCAAUCUUAAUUGUUAUGAAUGAUUUAAUUAUUGUAUGUUGGAAUAUAUUUUAGGAAAAUAAACAAAUCAACAUUA